AUGGCAGUUAUAGCUUUGGCGCUUGUGUGCUUUAAACUCUGCACAGCUUUUGUGUUAGAAAACAUCUACGCGAUCGACCAGCAGGCCACCCUGCGCCUGCCCACCGAGUACCACUUCAAGGGAGACGAUACCAACAUUGACUACGAGAUCGUCAGACCCUUUGAGAUAUGGUACAGUGCUAAAAACAACAGGUCUCGUAAAGACACGUACGGAGGCACGGUCAAGCGGUACUACUACGGCGACAGGGAAGUUUUGUUUACAAUCCAUCCAAAAUCUGAGAGCGAUCUAGUCAGCCAAACAUCAUGUACGCCAAUGCCGAUUGAAGGAGAGCUAGAAAAUUUCCUGCCAUCCAAAAAAUUUGUACGCUCAGGAAAUGCUACUUACGACAACAAGCAAGUAGAUGUGUGGAAGUAUACAAAACUAUUCGGCCAAAGCUUGAUGCAGGAGGCAAAACUGCUGGUUAUAAGAGGAUCAGAAUAUGAUAUACCUGUAGCAUACGAGGAAAGGGAGGUAUCCCUGUAUAACGGUGAAGUCAACAGCCAUAGCAUCACCCGGUACUACGACUUCCAACUGCCAAAUGAGACGGAUCUCACUUAUGAAAAAGAAAAAGAAAUCUGUGACUGGGACUACUUAGAAAGCAAAGAAAUAACGACCAAACUGAAAUACUUACAUGCGGAUGUACCAUCAGAUAUUGAGGAAGCAUUCCGAAGGUAUAAGACACACCACAGCAAAGAAUAUGAUGAUGAGGAAGAAGAAGAGUUAAGAGCGCUGAUGUUUAAAAAGAAUUGGAAACUGGUGACGGAGCACAACAGCAGGAACCUGAGCUACAGGCUGGGGCUGAACAGGUUCUCCGACCGCCUGCCCUCGGAGCUGGUGCACCUCACCGCCACCCGCCCCGGGAGCCCUGCUGCUGCCGGCACACACCCCUUCCCCCUCACCGCCCAGCAGCUCGAGGAGAUGGCUGACGAGAUACCAGACAGCUAUGACUUGCGGAUGGAAGGCAUUAUUAGCGAAAUUAAAAGUCAAGGCGAUUGUGGAUCGUGCUGGGCCUUCUCCACAGUAGCCGCUGUCGAGGGUGCUGUCGCUAGAUCAAAUGGCGGCCGACUCUUGGACCUCAGCGAACAGUCUCUAGUCGACUGCGGAUGGUCUGAGGGUAAUGACGGCUGUGACGGAAGCUAUCUUGACAAGUCGUUUGAAUAUGUCCACAAGUACGGAAUACCCACCGAAAAGGAAUAUGGAGUGUAUCUUUCGGAGGACGGCACCUGCAACUACGACAACGUCUCCGAAGUGACAAGUAUAAAGGGUUACGCGAAAAUCCCUUCCAUGAGUCCAACUGCGAUGAAGGCCACGCUGUACCUCUACGGACCGGUAGCCGGCACCAUCAACGCCAUGAACGAUCUCAAGUACUACUAUAGCGGCGUCUACAACAACCCUGCAUGCAAUAAGGGACGUCUUAAUCACGCAAUCACAAUCGUGGGCUACGGUGACCUCGACGGGACACCGUACUGGAUCAUCAAAAACUCCUGGGGAGAAGAAUGGGGGGAGGGCGGAUACUUUCUAAUGGCUGCAGAUGAUAACAACUGCCAUAUUUUAGAAGACGCCUACUACGCCCUCGUCUGAUGUCGAAUAAUCUAAUUUACGUUAUUAAUAAGCUAACGAAAUUAUAAUAAACGAUACUGCAUAAA